AUGGCUUUAAAGAAGGUAAAAGGAAAUAUAGAACGUAUGUUUGAUAAGAAUUUAACAGAUCUUGUGAGGGGCAUCAGAAAUAAUAAAGAAAAUGAGGCCAAAUACAUUUCAGAAUGCAUGGAGGAUAUCAAACAAGAACUCAGGCAGGACAACCUAUCAGUUAAAAGCAAUGCCAUUGCUAAACUCACAUAUUUACAAAUGUUGGGGUACGAUAUAUCCUGGGCAGGUUUCAACGUAAUAGAAGUAAUGAGCUCUAAUAAGUUUACAUUGAAAAGAAUUGGAUAUUUGGCUGCUAGUCAAUCCUUUCACUGUGAUUCAGAGUUAUUAAUGCUAACUACGAAUAUGAUUAGAAAAGAAUUGAAUUCUCAAAACCAGUACGAAGCAGGAUUAGCUUUAACGUCUCUAAGUUGCUACAUUAGCACCGAUCUAGCCCGAGAUUUGUCCAAUGAUAUCCUAACUUUGCUCAGUUCUACGAAACCGUACAUAAGAAAAAAGGCUGUUUUAAUGAUGUAUAAAGUUUUCCUAAAGUAUCCCGAUGCCUUGAGACCUGCCUUUCCUAAACUAAAAGAGAAACUGGAAGAUCCUGAUCCUGGAGUUCAAUCGGCUGCGGUUAAUGUUGUUUGCGAGCUGGCGAGGAAAAAUCCCAAGAACUAUCUCAGUCUAGCCCCUGUUUUUUUCAAACUUAUGACGACAAGUACAAACAACUGGAUGCUUAUCAAAAUCAUUAAACUGUUUGGUGCCCUUACUCCUUUAGAACCUAGGCUAGGUAAAAAAUUAAUUGAACCCCUUACAAAUCUCAUACACAGCACAUCGGCGAUGAGCCUGCUGUACGAAUGUAUAAAUACAGUAAUAGCUGUCCUUAUCAGUAUAUCGUCGGGUAUGCCCAAUCAUGCGGCGAGCAUACAACUUUGCGUCCAAAAAUUGAGGAUAUUAAUCGAAGAUUCCGAUCAAAAUUUGAAAUAUUUAGGAUUAUUAGCUAUGUCUAAAAUAUUGAAAACCCAUCCGAAAAGCGUACAAGCCCACAAAGAUCUUAUUUUGCAAUGCCUCGAAGAUAAAGACGAGUCCAUUCGAUUGAGAGCUUUGGAUUUGUUGUACGGAAUGGUUUCCAAAAAGAACCUCAUGGAAAUCGUGAAGAAACUGAUGGUGCACAUGGACAAAGCCGAAGGCACCGUCUACCGCGACGAAUUACUGAGCAAGAUAAUUCUGAUAUGCUCCCAAAACAACUACCAGUUCAUCACGAACUUCGAAUGGUACGUGACCGUUCUAGUCGAACUGGCCCAAAUGGAAUUCGGCUCAAAACAAGGCCACAUCAUCGGGGCGCAAUUGAUGGACGUCUGCAUUCGAGUGCAAGCCAUCCGUUCGUUCACCGUAGCCGAAAUGGCCCAAAUACUGGACAUUUACACCUCCACGUCGCAGUUCACCAUCAUGCAGGAGGUCCUCUACGCGGCCGCUUGGCUCUGCGGUGAAUUCGUCGAGGAGCUGAAGUAUCCGGAGCAAACGCUCAAAGCGAUGGCGAAGUACAAAAUGCUGCCGCAACAUAUCGAAUCCGUCUUCAUCCAGAACAUCCUGAAGGUGUUCACGUUCGUCGUGCGCAAGUACGAGACGAACGAACAGUACGAGGAUUGCCUCAGGAUAUGCUCGUCGGUGGCCGAUAAGUUGAACGAAAGCAUCAAAUCCGGCGAGCUGGAGGUGCAAGAAAGGGCCAGCACCUCGUUGAUGAUCAUCAAGAUAGUCCAAGAGGAGUUCAAGAGGAAGCAAUCUGGUGAUGCUAGUAACGAUAAUCUGGUGGAAGCGGGCGAUGGUGAUAAUAAAAACGCUUCGUUGAUAUCGAACGAAUUGAGGAAUUUGUUCAGCGGGGAAUUGAAUCCUGUGGCGCCGAAAGCGCAGAAAAAAGUGCCCGUACCCGAAGGUUUGGAUUUAGACGCUUGGAUUAACGAUCCCGUGUACGAUACAGAUUCGGACAGCGAACCGGAGAUAGUCGAGAAUCUGUUCAUCAAACCGGAGAAAUCCAAAACCAUCCACUACCACGAACCCACCGAAGAGGAAAUGAAAAAGAGCCGCGAGGCCAGGAAGUACGAGCAACAGAACAAUCCGCACUACCUGAAGAACGACGCGAUCGAGCGCAACGGCAACGGCGCCAGCGACAACUACGACAACGUGCCGAUGGCGGAGCUCACGCUGAACGUGCCGCUGAAGGUGAUGGGCCCGAAGCGGUCGGACAAGUACCUCGAUUCGAACGCCGGCAAAGCGUCGAAGAAGAAGCGUGGCAAGAAGAAGAAGUACAAAUCCGAAAGUUCUUCCGAUGAGGAAAUCAACCAAGGUCCCGCGAUAGAAAUCAAAAGGGACAUGGAACUUCCAGAAGGAGCGACCCUUUCCGACGGUGACAGCGAUCGUUCGCAAAACGACGAUCCUCACAGGGCGUUGGAUAUCGAUUUGAAUUUGCCUGCGUACGAUUAUUCGGCCAAGCCGGAGAAAGAGGAGAAACCGUCGAAGGCGAAAAAGGACAAGAAACACAAGAAGAAAUCGUCGGAGAAGGAGAAAUCGCGCAAAGACAAUAAGGAUAAGCAACCGAAGGAAAUUUCAACGGGCAGCAAUAGGGUAGUAAAGGAAAAAUCUAGUAAAAAGAAGCAUGAUAGGCAUAAAUCGAAAGUCCCCAAGGAAUCGAAGGAAGCUAAUCUGUUAGGUUUGGAAGAGGAUAACGUCGUCAAAUCGGAGGAAGUGAAAGAAGUUAAGAAGGAAAAGAAGGAGAAGAAACCCAAAGAUAUAAAGGAAAAAGGCGAAAAGAAGAAGAAAAAGUCCAGUUCCGGUUACGAAGAAGCUUUAGGAAUAUCGACACCCAGUAAAGAGUUCCAAUAA